AUAUUAUAGUGAGAACAUUUUCUAUCUAGUCUCGUAGUAGUGGCGGCAUUCGAUAAAUGGUUGUGUGAAAUUGUGAAUUUGUUGUGUGAUUUAUUAUUUUUUAUAGAGAAUAUUAGUGAUUGUUAUAACCGCAUGCAGACGUAACAGAAACUCAACUUUAUUUUAAACUUUUUUUUUUCUUAACAUGGCAUCACGGCUUAGAAAAUUGGCUAUCGGUGGUAUCACAGGUACUGCUGGUGCCGUUCUAGCCACUUGGUUACUAAAUGGGGACUACGAUCAUUAUUGGGGAAAUGUCAAUGCAGAACCAGCUACAAAAUCAAAACGAGUCAAACGUCCCUUACCACCUAGAGAUCAUCAAAUUAAAUCAUUACAAUCUGGAGAAGAAUUUGAUAUACUCAUUAUUGGAGGUGGAGCAACUGGUGCUGGAUGUGCUUUAGAUGCCGCAACAAGAGGUCUUAAAACUGCUUUAGUUGAAAUGGAUGAUUUCGCUAGUGGUACAAGUAGUCGUAGCACAAAAUUGAUUCAUGGUGGUGUGCGAUAUUUACAAAAAGCAAUCAUGAAUUUGGAUUAUGAUCAGUAUAAAAUGGUAAAAGAAGCUUUACAUGAACGAUCCAAUAUGUUACAAUCAGCUCCCCAUUUGACACAUCCGUUGCCAAUUAUGCUACCUGUUUACACAUGGUGGCAAAUUCCAUAUUACUGGGUUGGAAUCAAAAUGUACGAUUUGGUUGCUGGUUCAAAAACAGUAAAAAGUUCCUAUGUAUUAAGUAAAAAAAAUGCUUUAGAACUUUUCCCAAUGUUACGUGGCGAUAAAUUAUGUGGAGCAAUCGUCUACUACGAUGGUCAACAAGAUGACGCCCGUAUGAACUUAGCCAUAGCUUUAACUGCAACUCGACAUGGUGCUACUGUUGCCAAUCAUAUCAAAGUAACUAAAUUAAUAAAAACUAAACAGGGUGAUAAAGAAGUUAUCUCUGGUGCUCAUUUACGUGACGAAAUCACUGGAAAAGAAUGGCCAAUCAAAGCAAAAUGUGUUAUAAAUGCAACAGGUCCAAUGACUGAUUCAAUUCGUCUAAUGGAUGACCCAAAAACGAAAACCAUAUGUUGUCCUAGUUCUGGUGUCCACAUAGUUUUACCUGGUUACUACAGUCCUGAACAAAUGGGCUUACUUGAUCCAUCAACCAGUGACGGGCGUGUAAUUUUCUUCUUACCAUGGCAAAGGCAAACAAUUGCUGGUACAACGGAUUUACCAUGCGAAGUAACACAUAAUCCAAAACCCACUGAAGAUGAAAUUCAAUUCAUUUUACAAGAGGUCAAAAAUUACUUAAACCCUGACGUUGAAGUGCGUCGAGGCGAUGUUUUAUCAGCGUGGAGUGGUAUUCGACCAUUAGUAUCCGACCCAAAUAAACCAGAUACACAAUCACUAGCUAGAAAUCAUAUUGUACAUGUAAGUGAUUCAAAAUUAGUUACAAUUGCUGGUGGAAAGUGGACAACGUACAGAUCUAUGGCUGCUGAAACAAUUGAUGCUGCAAUUGAAGCAUGUAAUUUACAACCGGAACAUAAAGAAUGUCAAACUGACGGAUUAUUGAUUGAAGGUGCCCAUGGUUGGACUCCCACCAUGUAUAUUCGAUUAGUACAAGAUUUUGGACUUGAAUGCGAAGUUGCUCAACAUAUGGCAAAAUCAUAUGGUGAUCGUGCAUUUGCUGUUGCUAAAAUGGCUCAAUUAACUGGCAAACGUUGGCCAAUUAUUGGUAAAAAAGUACAUCCUGAAUUCCCUUAUAUUGAUGCUGAAGUAAGAUAUGGUGUACGAGAAUAUGCAUGCACAGCAAUUGAUAUGAUUGCUCGACGACUCCGAUUAUCCUUCUUGAAUGUUCAAGCUGCACAAGAAGCUCUUCCUGGUAUCGUAGAUAUUAUGGCAGAAGAAUUAAAAUGGAGUAAAGAAGAAAAAGAGAAACAAAUUAAAAUGGCCACAGAAUUUUUACAAAGUGAAAUGGGAUGGAUGGUUAAUCGCGCUUCUAGAGAUAAGAUACCAAUUAACUUAACAAAAGACGAAAUUCAACAAUAUAUUAAACGAUUCACUAUUAUCGAUAAAGACCGUAAAGGAUAUGUAUCGAUUAACGAUAUUAGGCGAUCACUUAAGCACUUUGGUGAAGAAGACAUUCCUGGAGAUGAACUUCAUUCAAUUCUUAAGGAAAUUGAUACCAACAUGAACGGACAAGUUGAAUUAGACGAAUAUUUACAGAUGAUGUCCGCCAUCAAAUCAGGACAUGUUGCAUAUUCAAGAUUUGCUAAGAUGGCUGAAAUGGAGGAAGAACAUCACGAAAAAGAAAUGCUUAAGAAACAGAUAUCCGUUGAAAGAUCUGGCGGUGGUCUAUAAAUAGCCACAUUUAGGCAACUAUUAGUUUAAACGAGUUGGACAGCAAAAUUUUUACUGUUAAAAAUUUAUAUCAUAUUGUACAAAAAAAAUGUUAAUAAACUGGUAAAAAUAACAUACGUUAGGUACAAACAAAAAUUGAAACACGAGUAAAAAAAAUGCUUUAAAAGCUCUAAUA